AUGGUGAACAAGAUUGUCCUGACGACGGUGGUCGCCGACAUCCUCUUCCUAGCGUCGGGCGCUUUCCAACUCGGAUUCGCCCUGAUCGUGAAGAGGGUAAUGGGUGAACAGGCCACCGAUGGAAUGCAGGCGGCACGAAACUUGCUUUAUCAGAGGUUUCCUUUGCAGGCCGGCAUCGUCAACGCCAUCAUGAUCUUCGUUACUUUCGCCAUGACGCUUCCCGGACUCGUUACCCCUGCCCGAGGUUGGCUUAAGCUUAGUGGAGGUCUCGUCACCGUUUGCGGACUAUUCAGCUUGUGUAUCGGUAUCUAUCUUUGGAUUCUUACCCUCCGCACCAAGGCGGACUUCUUCCAGAUCUGGAUGCGCCAGGAAGCCCCCGUUCAGGAUCUUAUGCAAACUUCCUUCGAGUGCUGCGGCUACUUCAACAGCACCUCUCCAGCGUUUGUUACGAAUCCGGCCUGCCCUAGCCCCGCCGCGGCGGCUCUUAUGAUCGGAUGUGCCGCGCCCAUCACCUCCUUCAGCAACAUCUUCAUCGACGACAUCUUCACCGCCGUCUUUGGCAUGGUUGGUGUCGACGCCGUCCUCAUCUUGAGCAUUGCCUGCCUCCUCAAGGAUCGCAAGGAGCGUGAGCGAUACCGACAUAUCGAUGAGAAGACCGGUUAUACCGGUAUCUAA